CUUUAUAGCAGCCCUAAAAUAUAUUCUCUUUAUGGCCUCGUGUUAGUUUGAGCCGCCUCUUCCGUUUCUUUGCUUUUGAGUUGUUUUUACACUGAUUCUGGCUUCGUGUUGUAAUGUAGAACCCCGUGGAGCCGGUGCCGUGUUCCCGGUCAGAGGUCUGUAAGUGAUCUCUGUGGUACUGGGUUUCAGCCGGCGGAGGGCACACGGUUCAGCGGCCUCCGCUCUGCCCUGAUAAGCAGCAGCAGCAGAAGAAGAAGAAGAAGAAGCAGCUCGCGGUGUGGCAGUCCUCCAGUGGCCGCUAUCGGAACCUGGUUGAAGAAGGAGGAAACAGUAUGUGACCGUCCAAAGCAGAGCCGAGACGCAGGCUGGCCAGUCGCUGUUCGCUUGGUUUAGAGGGGGGGAAAUACAGCCGCCUUUGAGCAGGUUGCCAGAGCUGCUCCUUCGGAGAGCAUCUUCCCUGCUUGGUGGUGGAUGUGAAAAAUCACUCCAACACAUCCAGGAUCACCAUGGGUCAGGACCGGGGGAAGUACGAUUUCUACAUCGGCCUGGCUUUGGCCAUCAGCUCCAGCAUCUUCAUCGGUGGAAGCUUCAUCCUGAAGAAGAAAGGUCUUCUGAGGCUGGCUAAGAAGGGAUCGAUGCGGGCAGGGCAGGGCGGUCAUGCAUAUCUUAAAGAAUGGUUGUGGUGGGCUGGUUUACUAUCAAUGGGCGCUGGGGAAGCAGCCAACUUCGCAGCAUAUGCUUUUGCCCCUGCCACCCUGGUCACGCCCCUGGGAGCCCUCAGCGUGCUCGUCAGUGCCGUGCUGUCGUCGUAUUUCCUGACUGAGCGGUUAAACCUGCACGGGAAGCUGGGCUGCCUGCUGAGCAUCCUGGGCUCCACCACCAUGGUCAUUCAUGCGCCGAAGGAGGAGGAGAUCGACAGCCUGGAGGACAUGGCCAAGAAGCUGGUCGACCCAGGGUUUUUGUUCUUCGCCACUCUUGUCAUUAUUGUGGCUCUCAUCUUCAUCUUUGUGGUCUCCCCGCGCCACGGUCAGACCAACAUCCUGGUUUACAUCACCAUCUGCUCCGUGAUCGGGGCGCUCUCCGUGUCCUGCGUCAAAGGCCUGGGCAUCGCCAUCAAGGAGGGCAUCGCCGGCGUCAACGUGUUUAAGAACCCCCUGGCCUGGAUCCUCCUCCUGGGUCUGGUGGGCUGCGUGAGCACGCAGAUCAACUACCUGAACAAGGCCCUGGACAUCUUCAACACCUCGCUGGUGACGCCCAUCUACUACGUGUUCUUCACCACGUCCGUGCUCACCUGCUCCGCCAUCCUCUUCAAAGAGUGGGAGCACAUGGGCGCCGGCGACGUGAUCGGUACCCUCAGCGGCUUCCUCACCAUCAUCGUGGGCAUCUUCCUGCUGCACGCCUUCAAAGACGUCAGCGUCAGCUUGGCGACGCUGGCCGUGUCCAUCAGAAAGGAGGAGCGCGGCGGCGCCCCGGCGGCCAACGGCUCGGCCGCUCACACCAACUACGAACUGCUGCAGGAUGAGGACAUGGAGGACAGGGGUGUGCCUUUCGACAGCGUCUCCAGGAGAAACGGAGCAAUGACUUCCUCUUUAGAUGCUUAAUAAACUUUUUUUUUUUUGUCUUCAGACUCAACCGUUGGGUUGGUGCCGAUAGCUUCUAAAAUAAUGAGACAAUCAACUGUGAGGGGAGGAAGAGGGACACGGAUGGACCAGUAGAUUGUAUUUGUUUUAAUUUGCCUUAAUUUACUCAGACUGUCGUAUUUGGUUAUAGCUGGGGGUAAGUAACUUGUGAGAAAAAGUUUUUACAUAUUGGUUAAAACUGUCACCAUGUCCACACAUGAUAACAGACAGAUAAUCAGUGAAUACAUCGAGCUCCUCCACUUCAUAUUAGUGCUACUGGUGCCGUCGGAAGGAAUCCACCACUCCUAGUCAGAAGCAACCUUUGAACUUUACAUCAUGUUAUAAAGUUAUUCCCUCAUCAAAAAACACACCUGGAGUGUUGCCUUGACUCUUUCAUGCAUGUUUGAGAAAUCCUUUCAUUGCCCAUGGCAACCAUUCAGCUGUGCAAAACAUCUGGUUGGAGCUAGCUCCGCCUGUGAGGCGCAGCUCCUCCUUGGAGAUGCAGUUUAUGAGCUUCCGCCUCACAGAGCGGCUUUCUCCCAUACUCCUCCUCUCAGCGGCAGCAAUAGAGGAGCCACGUUGCGAUGACUUCCUGAAGGCGGAGUUUCAGAAAGAGCAGGUGUUUUUAAAGAGACAGAGGCCCAAUUUUAUGGCGUUAAAUUAGGAAAUAAAAUUUCUUUUAGGUCGUAUUUGACACAUGUAGCGUUUUUAUAGCAACUCAAGUUAACUUAGUUACUUUAUUGAGCUCUAAAUGACACUAUAUGGCUGGAAAAUACAUAAUAUUGCCCUUUUAAGUCUGACACCAGGGCAAAUUAUGGAGCGCAAGCUCUGCUUUUAGCCAAGUGUCGUUCUGUACCCUCGCUAAGGGUGUUAACCUGUUGUGGUUAUUAUUAUGCAAGCGUGCAGCAGUGUGUGUGAGGAGAUAAAAAUAACAGAGCAAGGAUGCAAAAAUCAUACUGCCAUAACACGCCGCUGCUAAAUGCGCUAAUGGUGGAGAGACAACUUACCUUUCCAAGAAAACCGUUUAUCCGCUGUCAUCUGUGGCUAUGCUAACUAGCCUUAGCAUUCAUGGCAGGCUCCGCUGACAACAGAAGCUGUAGAUUAGCAGCGCUAAGAGCCUCCCUCUGGCUCUGAUUGGACGACUGAGCGGCGUACGUCAGUAGUUAGCUAUAGGAGGCAGAGGAGCUCCAUUUUCUUUUUCAGAUUGUCUGUAAUGCUAUAUUGUCACGACUGUGAUAGUUUUAAUAAAUAUGAAAAACCAAAAAACACAUUUAUAAAAGUAACCUACCCCGGCUUUAACUGACCUGCAUUCCUCUGUAGCUCUGUAAAUAUUUUCUAAAGAAAUGCUUUGUUAUAUGUGCAUGGAUUUUCACACACUGACCUUCUUUCUAUGAAUCAAAAAUA